CAGCAGCAGCAGCGGCAGAAGCGGAGGCAGAAGCGGCAGCAGUCCAGCAGCGGAGCAGCAGUGUAGUAGUAAGCAGCGGGGAACACCAUUGAGACACUUACAGUCGCAUCUCAUCCUGGCUAGACAAAACAUCGCGGCCAUCAAGGAAACAGGUGGAGACGCGUCUUACAGUGAGUUCUUCUGGCUAAAACACUUUUGCAAUUUCAAUUCAUUCAUUGCCAGCGUAGACUUGGAAGUUCGUUCGGCCAGUCAUCGGAGCAUGAAAACCGGCGUGGGGAGAAGCCCUUGUUCCAAAACUUGCGGGAUUCUGUGAAGGCUUCAUUUCUCCCUCCUAAAAAUCACCGAGAGAGAGAGCGAGAGAGAGAGAGAGAGAGAGAGAGAGAGAGAGAGAGAGAGAGAGAGAGAGAGAGAGGCAGGCGUUGGGUUUCCGGAGAGUCUCGUAGAUGUUUCUCCUUACGGUUGCUCAGGGACCUCCAACUUUGUAAGAAAAAAGUCAUCAGUUUAUUUGCGCUGAAGGAAGGAAGGAAGGAAGAAAGCAAGCAAGCAGAAGAAUAGAAGUGGAUGUAUAUUGGGCCAUGGAUGUGACAGUUUACCCAGCACCUCCUCAGCCCCUGUCCGCGUCAGAGCACAGCAGACUGGGACAGCUCUCCUACCCUGAGCCAGCAGCCUUCGGAACCAACAAGUUGGAAGGAGACACCAUGUUCCUGAAUAUGCAAGAAACGGGCCUUGACUAUGUUUCAAACAACCAGUUUCGUGUGCCGCAGCCCCCUCAGCCCCUGAGCAAGGUGACACCUCCUAACCCUUCCUCGCAGCACUGGCGGAGAGACGCGCGCUUGCCCGAGACGCACCGUCUGCCUUGGUCCUACUCAAUGGGUGGUUUGGGUGAUGAAGACUUCAACAUUCCACCCAUCACCCCCCCGACACUUCCAGACCACAUGCUGCCUCCUCAUCUGCCCCACGAUUCCUCCACUGGACCCUAUCGACCUCUGGAUAGCAACAGCAGCAGCAGCAGCAGCUCAGCUCCUCCACACCACCCCUACCAGCUGCAGGGUAUGAAUCUGGCCCGAAUGCCUGCCAGUCAGGAAGGAGCGUCCAUGCUGAAACAAGAUGGGGGUACAUACAGCCCAGAUGGCUCAGCCAUGACCAAUACUCUAUCAGUGAUGCAGCAGAUGGUAAACUCGGAUUCCCGCUUUACGAGCAGCCAACAGCCCAUUGAAGCGGCGCUCGGACCCAAAAACCCAUCAGGCAUCAACCAAGCGAGUCAGCUAUCGACCAUCAACCAAACCCAGCUGGGACUCAGUGGAAACUCAGUUACCCACAAUUCUCCAUCCCCGCCUGGAAGUAAAUCGGCUACGCCGUCUCCGUCCAGCUCAGUACAUGAGGACGACAAUGAUGAUGGGUUCAGGCAGGGCAAUGGAGGUGAGAAACGACCAGCAUCGUUUGACAUCUCCAAGAAACCCAAGACACCAAAGAAGAAGAAGCGAAAGGAUCCCAAUGAGCCAGUGAAGCCAGUGUCUGCCUACGCCUUGUUCUUUCGAGACACACAGGCCAACAUUAAAGCCCAGAACCCCAACGCCACCUUUGGGGAGGUAUCGAAGAUUGUGGCCUCCAUGUGGGAUGGCCUGGGAGAGGAACAGAAACAGGUAUAUAAGAAGAAGACGGAGACAGCAAAGAAGGAGUAUCUGAAACAAUUGGCUGCCUACAGGGCCAGUCUGGUCUCUCAGAGUUACAACGAUCCUGAGAUGAAGCCGCCCCACUCUUCCUCCUCCUCCUCUUCCUCCUCCUCUGCCUCAAUGUUCACAUCCAAGGCGUCUGUCUACGAAGGGCCGCACCCUUCCUCCGGCUCGCUCGCCCACCAGCACCCGGGCAUUUACAUGGCGUACCCUCACCCGUCCAACCUCAGCCACCAUCCCUCCAGCCCCAGCCUGGGACACCCUCACCUGCCCCCGCCUCACGCUCAGAUUCACCCGCAGCUGCACGGCCUGUCCUCCAGCGGGACCGUGCCACGGCACAGUUUGCCUCACCAGGGAGGUCUGUCCCUCGGCGGCGUGGUGCAAGCCUCCACCCCGCCUCACCAGGUCAGCCCCCCGCUCCACAGCCAGGCUCACCUGGGGGGGCUGCACAGUCCGCAUCAUCAUCAUCAUCAUCAGCAGCAGCAGCAACACCAGCAGCUCGGCGCUCACUCGCUGGGAAUGACGCACUCUCCGGCCAUCACGCAGGCCUACUCCCUCCAGCCGGAGUAUCAGCCAAUCGGAGGGGGUCUGAUGAAUAGCGGAGGGGUAAUGUCAUCAUCAGUGGACUACCACCAGCUGAGUCGACACAUGGCCGGCCAUCACCCAUCUCUUGACUGGAGCACUGAUUACCAUGGCAACGGAGGUCCUCAGCGAGAUAAAACUUUGUACCAGAGUUAAUUUGAGAACAAAGUGAGACCAAACGUCAUUGACAUCCUGCUUUUGCCAGUGCGGGACCUCAACGAGAGCCAGACACUCAAGUGAACUUGCAGCACGGCCCCCGCAAACCAGACAAAAGUCCUGACUAAAUAUUUGUUUAGCCGGAAUGAUAUACAGUACAGUACAUCCAGUCCAGCUGACAGCAAAUAUGAGAAACUAAAUGGAGCAUGUGUAUAGCGCCACUUUCCCGUAUCCUUGAGAGGUAGGACAGGUCAAGAGACCUGACGACGUCCUGCUCCUGCACAUAGAUGACUUAGACUGGUUGAAUUUGAUCUGCUACUUAAAUGUAUAUUGAUUUGGACUGAGAGGAUGUGUUCCACAAAGGAGAGCUUUUCAGUCUGAGUGAAGGUUGUAUAUAAUGGAAUAGAUGAGCUCUUCCAAAGCCAUUGUUCUAGCCAACUGCUACAAAGGAAUAUUAGGGUCACACCGUUAAAAAAAAAAAAAACUUUUACUUGACUUUACAAUUAACAUCCAACAAUAUUACGAGAAUAAUGUGGCAAUUUUCCAUCACAAUUGAAUACUUUUCCCUUGCUGCAGUCCAACUUCAUGAUUGUUAAAUGGUGUCUUUAUUUUCUGACAUUUCUUGUAUGACAUUUUUGUAUUUUCAGUGUGGCCCUGAUACUCCAUAAAAGUCCAUCCUACAAAAAAAAAGAUCUUUCUACUUACUUUUCUCUUUCUUUUUGUAUAGUUGGACUGGACUAGCAGUUCUAAAAAAGCUCUGAAGAGCGCUUGUAUAAAGCUGUAAUGUAAUUGUUCACGGUGUCCCUUUUAAAUCCAGUUAAUUCAAUUUCUUUCCCUCCAUAGCAUACCUGUACGGCUGCAGCCAAAGUAAAAAGAGCACGGCACACACAAGCCCACGUUGUUCUCUCACAGUGCUGCUCACAUCUGUUGGGCACCAAUCCAGUGUAUUUUAGUCCUUGAAAUGUCAAAUAAUUAGGAGGGGAAUUCAAAGGUUUAUAUGAUGACAGCUCCUUCUCCAUGUAUACAUACGUCUGUCUGUCUGUCUGUCUGUUUCCAAAAUUGAUUUGGACCCAAAAUUCGGGUGUGUGCGUUGGUGAGUGAAUGAGUGAGCGAGCGAGUUGAAGUGGAGUGCUUGAUAGUGCUGCAUGGUCUCUUUUGGCAUCGCUACUUCUCUGUGCACAGAGGCUAUUUAUGAACCUAUAACUAUUGCUUUGUUGGCUGUGUUUCAAUGUUUUUAAUCACGUUAUGUUUUAGUGUUAAUGACGAAGAGAGUGACUCUUUCUUUCUCUCUUGCUCACCUUGUAUCUUUUUUUGUAUUUUAUGUGGGGGUUUGGCAGAUAAAAGGACUCUGGGCAACAAACAUGAAGAUUUUCUUAUUUUUAGAUUCUAAAAAUGUGUUUGAGAAUAAAGUCAGUGCUGCAUUGAUGUGCAGUCAUUCCUCCCAA